UAAUUUUUUUUAUUAAUAAACUUUUUUAGUAGUGUUUAUAGAAAAUGUUUUUAAGGAGGUAUGAAUCAUUGGAGAAUAGUUGUUAUGGAGUAGUAAUGAAAUUUCUGUCAAACAUAAUCAUAGGAGAAUGCAAAUUGCAAAUUAAAUCAAAAAGGGAUAAACUUUUAAAACUGACAAGCCAAUUAUUCUUUUCAAGUUCGAACUCAUUCUCAAAGAACAACGCUUUUUAUUUUACCCACUCUUUGGAAUACAGAGCGCAAGACACAAAAAUGAUGGUCCUGUUUCCACCAGUUCCUCCAUUUAAUGAAUACGACUCAAACUUUCAGUCGAACAAUACAUUAAAUAUGAAUUAUCUCACACCAAUAUUCCUUAUAUCCAACCCUUUUUUCAUACCGUCUGUGCUUCAUUGGUACAAAUCAUGUAUAUACAAUAACGGGAAAAUUAUGGAAAGUUUGGAAAACUAUUUAUUUCUGUUUAACUAUUACAAAGGAGAUAUACCAUUGGGUAAUAAAACUAGCCCACUCGAUAAGCAUUCGGAAGUAAUUAUUCCAUCAAAAUAAAGCGUUUUAAUGAGAA